UGGAUAGUUGGGUACAAAGUGAGGGGGGGGGGGGUCGGGGAUGGGGCGAGUACAAUCUAAAAUCCACCCGCCUCAUCAUCCACCAAAUCAAGACCCAUGGGUUGUUAUGGGGCGGGUACUGACAUCCUUAAAUUUUUUUUAUUAUUUUUUAUUUUUUUUUUUCGGGAUAAAACCAACUUUAACUUGCAUUGUGAAGCGAACUCAUUCUAGAUGACAUAUGCGACGAAAAUAUGUAUCAAUCAUGAUAUCGGUGUCAGGUCUACGGUUUGAGGCAAGAAUGACUUAAUACACUGGACCAAUUGAUUCAUGUGAGAAAAAGUGUGAAAUGCACUCUAAUAACCCUCAUGAAAAAUCUUAAGUGAUGAAUUAAAGAACUUACGUAUGAGAGGGAGUGUUUUUUGAAGUAUUACCUUAAAGAAGAGAGAGUUAAACGUUUUAUAAGACUAGGCGGUUAUAUACCCCUCUUAUUGCCAUAUAUUUUUUGAAUGGAACUUUCUUCGUCAUGCGGCCUAGACUUGUAUUUAAGAUAAUAUGAAAAAAAUGUAACUCUAUCAAAUUUCUAAAGUGUCAUGGUAGAUGUUUCAAUUCGGGUAAUUCGGUCGAGUUCGGUGGGUUUAAAUUAGGUUUAUUUCAAAGUUGAAUCAUGCUAAACAACUUUGUCUAUAUGAGUCAAAAUUCAAUUGAAUUAUUUUCAAGUCAGAUUGAAUUGGUUGGGUUAGUUUUAAUUUGACACUUCUACAUUAUACAAACCAAUUUUUAUUUUUUUAUUUUUUUUUGGACAAAAACCAAUAUAUAUUUUAAAAGGGUAGACAAGGGAAUAGCAUAUACUCCAUCCGUUUCGGUGUGCGCAGAGUUUUAGGUGGAAAAAAAAAACAUUUUAGUAGGGUAUGAUGAGAAAUAAAAACAUUUGAAAAGUAAAUGAGUCAAGUAUAAAUGGGAACCCUUAUGUAUAUUUUGAGAGAUAGAACUAAUAUAUAAUGUGAGUGAAAUUUCUAAAUUUGAAAAUGAGGAACUAAAAAAUGAUGGUGUUUGAAAGUAAGGCACUAAAUUUGGAAAAGUAAGGCACAAACUUCUCUAUAUUUUUUUAAGGAAGCUAUAACCGCUUAAGCUAUACUUCACUCUUUCGUCAAAAAAAAAAAAAAAAAAAAAAAAAAAAAAAAAAAAAAAAACUAUACUUCACUCUCACAAACUUCUCUAUAUAAAGAACUCUUUCACGUAAAGGCGAACUAUAAGCCCAUUUACACUCUCCCCCCAAACCUUUCAAAGAACUAUAAUUUCUUAGCAAACAAUGACAUACUUCUUUGUCAUUACUUUUCUCAUUUCCCUAAUUAUUUUUUGCUGCUUUUUUCGCAACAAAAAUGGUAUCCCAACUAAUUGGCCUCUUGUUGGGAUGCUUCCUACACUCUUCCUAAAUUUUCACAGAAUCAAUGAAUUUUUCAUUGAAAUUAUGGAGAAAUCAUCAGAGCUAACGUUUGUAUUUAAGGGCCCUUGGUUCAGCAACAUGAACUUUAUAUUUACCGUUGAUCCUUCCAACUUUCACCAUGUGCUUAGCAAGAGCUUCGGAAAUUAUGUCAAAGGUCCUAAAUUUAACGACAUUUUUGAAUAUCUUGGAGAUGGGAUCUUUAACUCAGAUUCUAGUUUGUGGCGGUAUCAUCGAAGAUUGGCUCAUUCUUUCUUCGGCCAUCCCAAAUUCAAUUCAAUUUUUAUGAAGAAAAUUUGGGAAGAGAUGGAAAGUAGACUCAUCCCAUUGCUCGAUAAUGUCUCUAAGCAUGGUGUUGAAAUCGACUUGUAUGAUACGUUUAAAAGGUUUACUUUUGAUAAUGUAUGUAACAUUCUCUUGGACUAUGACCCUAAAUUUCUCUCACUCGAUUUGUCACCUAUUCCACUCUUCCAAGCCGUGAAUGAUGUAGAAGAGGUGAUUUUUCGGCGUCAUGCUAUGCCAACAUCUAUGUGGAAAUUUAUGAGAUGGUUGGGUGUAGGAGAAGAGAAAUACCAAAAAAAUUGCCAAAUGAUUUACGAUUUCACUAACAAGAUCAUAGCUAUGAAGAGAGAAGAAAGGAAACUCGGUAAUCCUAAAGAAGAAAGUGAGGUAAUAUUCGACGACUUAUUGAAAAUUUAUAUGAAUGAGGUAGAAAAUCACACAACUCCAAUAAAUAGUAGUAACGGUGAUGAGUUUUUAAAGGAUGCGUUUUUAAAUUUUUUCAUAGCAGGAGGCGAUACAACUAGUGUUGCUUUAUCUUGGUUAUUUUUUCUACUUACCAAGAACCCCCACGUUAUCACUAAGAUUAGGGAGGAAUUAAAUGUUAUGAUGGUAGACAGAGACGAAGAUAAUGAUAAUAAUAAUAAUAAUAACAACGUAUAUCUUCAUGGUGCAAUAUGUGAAACAUUAAGAUUAUAUCCUUCAGUUCCAUUCAACCACAAGAAUUCAAUUGAAUCGGAUAUACUUCCAAGUGGUCAUCAAGUGAAACCGAAUAUGCAAAUCAUCUUCAACAUGUAUGCACAAGGAAGGUUGAAAUCAAUUUGGGGAGAUGAUUGUAACGAGUUUAAGCCCGAGAGAUGGAUAACGGAACGAGGAAACAUUAAGUUCGAGCCAUCGUACAAGUUUUCUGUUUUCGGGGCAGGGCCGAGGAUUUGUCAAGGAAAGGACAUGGCUUUAACCCAAAUAAAGAUUGUUGCAGCUGCCAUAAUUCAAAGGUAUGAUAUAGAAGUUGUCCAAGGACACCAAAUUGUUCCUGAUGUCUCCCUUAAACUUCAAAUGAAACAUGGUUUUAAGGUUAAAAUUGUUCGUUGUUGAUAGUAAUAAAGUGCGUGAAUAUUGAAGAUAAUGAGUACGAUUAUCGUAGUAAAUUUGAUGUAUUGUUGUUUUGUAUUGUGAAUUUGCAUUGUUUCUAUAAUUAUAAUGAGUACGAGUUUUAUUUUUGUUUUGAAAUA